CUUGCAUCAAAUAUGGAAGUUUCAUACAGAAGAUAGGCGCUCUUGGCUUUCGGCUUAAAUAUAUGAAGGGCUGUCUAUGCUUAGCAUAACCGACCACAUCAAUAUCCGCACUGCUGUGACGCUGACUGAAAUAUCUGUACUGUCCGCUGUAAACGGUACUUUAGUAGUGAAAGUGUAGUAAGAUAGCUGAUUUUCAAGAAGUGCACAAGGUGUUUUCCUCUGGGUGCCUGCACAGGGCUGAGUUAUGUCAGCAGCUGCUCUUUUGAACUUGGUCCGGUCUGGUGGAUUCCAAGUGAGAAGACGGGUGCUGCUGACCUCCCGAGUUCUGAAUGACGACAAGCGCCUGUUCCGCACCAGCUCCACCCCUGAGCUCAGCUCCUCCAGGUUUGAUCCUGACAGCAGUGGCCGCCCCACCACCUGGGAUAACUUCGGCAUCUGGGACAACCGCAUCGACGAGCCCAUCCACCUGCCCUCCAGCAUUAAGUAUGGCAAGCCCAUUCCCAAAGUGAGCCUGUCCAAGGUGGGCUGUGCCUCGCAAAUUGGUAAGCGGCAAGAGAAUGAGGACCGGUUCAAAGUGGCCCAGAUGACUGACAACAUCCUCUACUUUGCUGUUUUCGACGGGCACGGCGGACCAGCGGCGGCCGACUUCUGUGACAAAUACAUGGAGAAAUACAUUGUGGAUUGCAUAGCUGAAGAAGAUAACUUGGAGCUGGUGCUGACCAAAGCAUUCCUGGAAAUAGACAAAGCAUUGGCAAAGCAUAUAAACCUCUCUGCGAAUGCCUCCCUGCUGUGCGCUGGCACCACAGCGACGGUGGCCCUGCUGCGUGACGGGAUCGAGCUGGUCGUAGCCAGUGUGGGCGACAGCCGGGCCAUGCUGUCCAGGAAGGGGAAGGCCAGCAAGCUGACGGUGGACCACACUCCUGAGCGGAAAGAUGAGAAGGAAAGGAUAAAGAAAAGUGGUGGUUUUGUGGCCUGGAACAGCCUUGGCCAGCCAAAUGUCAAUGGCAGGCUUGCUAUGACACGGAGUAUCGGAGAUUUUGACUUGAAGCACAAAGGAGUCAUUGCUGAGCCGGAGACAAAAAGGGUUAAUCUGCAUCAUUCUUAUGAUUCUUUCCUGGCGCUGACGACAGACGGGAUCAAUUUCAUCAUGAACAGUCAGGAGAUCUGUGAUGUCAUCAACCAGUGCCAUGAUCCGUUUGAAGCUGCUCAGGUGAUCUCUGAACAGGCCCUUCAGUAUGGUUCAGAAGACAACAGCACAAUCAUUGUAGUCCCGUUUGGUGCCUGGGGAAAACACAAGAAUGCCGAUGUCAGCUUCUCAUUCAGCCGCAGCUUUGUCUCCAGUGGAAGAUGGGCAUGAAAACAGUUCCAUUGUUACCACUAACAACCAAUGUGCAAUAUGAUCAGUAUGCAGUGCACCAUGCUGUAAGGAGAAACCAUGGGGCAUAGUUGACCUUAAAUGCAAUUCUAGGAAAAAUAUAUUGUUUGCUAACUAUAUUGGUGAGCAGAUACAUUGAGUAAAGGUACUCGGAGGACAAGGGAACAAAUACAGCCACAAAAAAUACUAAGGAAAUAACGUUUAAUAUAUUGUGAAUUGUUUGUUUUCAGAAAUUGUUGCUAAAAAGAAAGGACACCACAGUUAUAGGAAUUUAAAUGUGUAAAUGACAUUCAUUUUAAUAUUCAAAGUAGAAUCUAAUGCCAGCUAAACCCUUUUUUACAAAAAGGUUGUCGGCUCCUUUUACUAGAAGCUUAUUAUAAAGAUUAACCUAAAGCUUGCUUAACAAGCAGAUUCAUCUAGCUACUUACCAGUGCAUCAGGUAUUCUAAAUGAGAAGAUUUGUACAUGCAGUACAGUACCUCCGCAAAUCUUUUUUACCAUGCCCUGUCAUGCCCUGAGUAGUAUUGAAACCAGUGGUGUUUAUCGACCUAGUUCAGCUGAUUCUGUGCCACAGUUAUUUAUCUAAAGAUUAAAGUUGUUCUUCGACAAAUAAAACAGUGCUUGAAGAGAGUAUGAUUUGUUAUUUUGAAAUUGAGCUGGUAUAAAAUAGAGGAAAUACAGGGUUUAACAAAUAGAUCACCAGAAGGAUUUUUAGUAUGUACAGUAAAAAUAUUGAAAUGUUGUUUAAAAAAGGUUGCUUGGCAACCUGACUGUAGUAAUUAAAAAAAAAAAAAAGUGCUUUGCAUACAGGCCACUCAUAUUUGUAUAUAUGUAUAUAUUGAUAUUUAUAUAUUUUCUGUCACUGGCAAAAAUUGAUGCUGUUUUAGUGCAAGAUUUAUUUCUGUAAAUACAUUAUUCUUUUAAAUGGUAAGCUGGUCGAAGUUUUCAGUUUGCAAUGUUGUGCUAGCACAGUGUGGCCGUGAUAUCAUUAACCUGGUAUAACUAAGAUGGCAUUGCUUUUAACUUGAGUUCAAGCUGGUCUCGUGAUGUCUAGCAUUACUGCAGCUGUGGUCACAGGUUAAACAGUGUGAAAGUUGUAAGCCCGGGACCAAAAAUACUUAACCCUUUUGUGGCCGUAUUGCUUAAAAGCAAACGUCUGUCUGUUUCUAACAGGGAAAUUUGAAAAUAAUUUCAGGCUGCAGGAGUUUAAUACCUUUGUCGUGAAGCUGUUACAAAGUGUGCGUGUGUUGUAUUUCUUCUUUGGUAAGACUGAGAUGAAAGAGACUCUUUCCACAUCUCUCUAGUUUCAUUAGUUGCAUUGCAAUGUAUCUUUAUUUUUGCAAUCUGUAAAUACAGAAAUGUGAUUGUAUUGUUAAGCCGGUUUUCAGAUGUGUGUAUUGCAUUUUUUUUGGCUCUACAUAGCACAACCCUAAUCUCUUCACCCUAGUUGUGGACCCUGAUAAGAUGCUUACGUGAUAGUUUAAAAAAACAAUAGCUUUAAAAAAUUUAAUAAAAACAUUUAAGAUAUUUCUGGAUGUUAAAUGUGAUUGUGAUGCUUGCCUGUAUCAAACUUUGUUGAACAGGAGGCGUUCAUUUAUUGGGAGGUUUGUUAAAUACACACUUUUAAAUUUUCAUUAAUAUUUUCUUUUCCUGUCACAAGGCUAUCCUUUGGGUCAUUUGCUUGUACACAAAUUACACAAGUAUGGAAAGAAACGCACAAAAGAAAAAGCACUAUUAUGCUAUCAUUUUACAUUACAAACCUCCCAACUCAUCAUCCAGCCGGGGUAGAUGAGUUCAGCAGUUGACAGACGCACUCAAAAUGAGAAUCUUAAAGAUCUCAAAUGCAAAUAAAGCAAUCUGGUCCUGUACAAAGAAAUUGCUUCUCUGGUCAGCUGCAGCAUCUAAUUUUCAUUGUCCAUUGCUGACAUGUGGCUAAAACGUGUUUCAAAUUCAUGUUGGAAUUCCCUAGCACAUUUUGAAUUUGUGGUCAGCCUAUGGCGAGGCUUUUAAACUCUAAUGAUGUCAUCGGGGCAGGACCAUUUUAACACAUUUUUAGAAAUGUUUUCUAUAGAAAAAAAGAUUAAAUGACAGUAUGCUGUAGUGUAUAUGACAGUUAACAUAAGCAGGAUGUAGUUGGCUAUAAACGGUAGGUGGUGUUUUUUUAUCUUUGUGCAGGUAGAUUGGAUUAAAAGAUUGCUUUGUACCUCCAUCUCUUAGACUACAGGUUGUAGUUGCAUGGUAUUGCAUGUAGCAAUCAUAGCAAUCAUAAAACCUAAUUUUAAUAACAAGAUAAAACCAGUCAUACAGGAUAAUUACUAUGCUUUGAUAUUGUAAUGAUAUUUCAUUAUACUGUAUGUAGCAUUUAAAUAAUUAAAAAAAAAAAAAAAAAAACCCUGACAAGUCUUCCCUUAAAACGUGGGUUAUGUUGAUUGUACUGUCAACCUUGUCACAACUGAGUGUCUGUACAUACAUGACUAAGUGUGCUUCUGCCUUUUAAGUUUUAUAAUCACAAUUAAGUAACCAAGAUGUUGUCUAAUGGUGGAGGUGUAACAAAAGUGGAGUGAUUGAUUAUUUUGCACUUAGAGCUGUCUAUUCUGAGUAUAUCAGUAAUGUGAUGUGGGUGUUCUGUACCUGAGGUAUGCCUUUGCUAGGGGAAUUGUGAAAAAACUAAGAAAUGUCUGUAUUGUUAAAUGUAUUUAAAUAAAGAGUUUUUG